GCCAAAUAGUAGACAAGCGUUCCCCUCUGCAAACAGUCACAUUCAAGAGCUCAAGCCAAAGAGACACUCGAGCGGACCAGCAGCAAUAGCAGGAAAGCAGAAACAGCAUUAACAGCAGCAUCGGCCAAAGCAGCAAAAGCAAAAGCAGCGGCAGCAAAAGCAGCAGCACAGCAACCAAUUCCCAGCUUCAGACUUCAGUGGCCAACAGCCAGCUAAAUAUCCACGUUCGUGCGUCGGUUUUUUGUGGCCAAAUCGGUGCGGCAGAAAAUAAAUAUUAAAAAAAAAAAAAGGAAAUAGAAUCAUAACAAAAAUAGUAAAAUAGAGAUAUAUCUCAGUUUUAUAUGAUUAUCCCACACAAAUAAUUAAAUCACAGUGUUUACAAACAAAGCUUAGAAGCAAAAGCAAAAGCAGAAGCAGAAGCAGAACCUUCCAACAAGUGACAAGUGCCCAAGUGCUCUCGAUAAAAUGCCAGAAAUAUGCAAACUAAAGCAGUGAUAGUGCACUGAAAGCCCAGUCUUGAUUGGUUAAUCAAUCAUAUAAGGCCACCUUAAAAAGACCUCCUUUUUGAUUUUUCGUUUUGAAUAACGCGUCCCAGAACGCGUUGCCUUUUCCAUCGAUCCACCAGAGGGCAGCGCGUCCGAAAGCCGGCAACAUAACGGCGCAACUAUUGAACAGCUUCCUGAAGGGUAGUCCCCACCAGACCACCAUUGACAUCAUGCAGAAGCUCUACGCGGAGCCGCCUCCGAGCAGUGCUCCGGUGAGCAUGGCCAGUUCGGGUGGCGGUCCUCCAUCGGGCGGGGGAGGCGGCGGAGGAGGAGGAGGCGGUGGGCCCCCACCGCCCAGCAAUAACAACCCGAAUCCGACGAGCAAUGGCGGCAGCAUGAGUCCCCUGGCCCGAUCCGCCUACACAAUGAACAGCAUGGGCAUCCCGGUGGGCGGCAUGUCGUCCGUCUCCCCCCAGGCGGCGGCUACCUUCAGCUCCAGCGUUCUGGACUCGGCGGCGGCGGUGGCCAGCAUGAGUGCCAGCAUGAGCGCCAGCAUGAAUGCCAGCAUGAACGGCAGCAUGGGUGCGGCGGCCAUGAACUCGAUGGGCGGCAACUGUAUGACCCCCAGUUCGAUGAGCUAUGCCAGCAUGGGAUCCCCACUUGGAAACAUGGGUGGCUGCAUGGCCAUGUCGGCGGCUAGUAUGUCCGCCGCGGGUUUAAGCGGCACCUAUGGAGCCAUGCCGCCGGGUUCACGGGAGAUGGAGACUGGUUCCCCCAAUUCCCUGGGCAGAUCGCGGGUGGACAAACCGACCACCUAUCGGAGAAGCUAUACGCAUGCCAAACCGCCGUACAGCUACAUCUCGCUGAUCACCAUGGCCAUCCAGAAUAAUCCCACCAGGAUGCUGACGCUCUCGGAGAUCUACCAGUUCAUCAUGGACCUCUUUCCGUUCUACAGGCAGAAUCAGCAGCGCUGGCAGAAUUCCAUCAGGCAUUCGCUGAGCUUCAACGACUGCUUUGUGAAUCCCAGGACACCGGACAAGCCGGGAAAGGGAUCCUUCUGGACACUGCAUCCGGAUUCGGGGAAUAUGUUUGAGAAUGGUUGCUAUCUGCGGAGGCAGAAGAGGUUCAAGGAUGAGAAGAAGGAGGCCAUCAGGCAGCUACAUAAGAGUCCAUCGCAUAGCAGCUUGGAGGCCACCAGCCCGGGCAAGAAGGAUCACGAGGAUUCGCAUCAUAUGCACCACCACCACCACAGCCGACUGGAUCACCAUCAGCAUCACAAGGAGGCGGGUGGAGCAUCCAUCGCCGGGGUGAAUGUCCUGAGUGCGGCACACAGCAAGGAUGCGGAGGCCCUGGCCAUGCUGCAUGCCAACGCGGAACUGUGCCUCAGCCAGCAGCCGCAGCACGUGCCCACCCAUCACCACCACCAGCACCACCAGCUGCAGCAGGAGGAGCUCUCGGCGAUGAUGGCAAAUCGGUGCCAUCCGUCGCUGAUCAGCGACUAUCACUCCUCGAUGCAUCCGCUGAAGCAGGAGCCCUCCGGCUACACGCCCUCCAGCCACCCGUUCUCCAUCAACCGCCUGCUGCCAACGGAGUCGAAGGCGGACAUCAAGAUGUACGACAUGAGCCAGUACGCCGGCUACAAUGCGCUCAGUCCGCUGACCAACUCACACGCUGCCUUAGGCCAGGACUCCUACUACCAGAGCCUGGGUUACCAUGCGCCCGCCGGCACCACGAGCUUGUGACAUCACCAAUACCCGCUGGCUUAAGGACGCGCGGAACAGAUGCUGCGCUCGCAGCAGCAACAGCACCUGCAGCAGCAGCAACAACACCACCUGCAGCAGCAACAGCAGCAGCAGCAACAGCAGCAGGCGCAACAGCAGGCGCAGCAGCAACAGCAGCUGCAACAGCAGCAGCAGGCGGCGCAGCAACUGACAUCCGCUUCCAAUACACCAGCAACAUCGGCAGCAGCCAAGGCCAGCGGCAAGGCGGGAUCGGGCUCGGGAUCGGGAACGGGCUCCGGAUCGGGCUCCGGCUCGGGAUCAGGAUCUAACUACUCACAAAAGCUGCACCAGCAGCAGCAACAGCAGCAGGCGCAACAGCAGCAGCAGCAACACCACCAGGCGCAGCAGCAACAGUUGCUGCAGGAACUGCAGGAGGACUCCUCGAACAUCACCAGCGAUCUGAGCGAGGAGCAACUGCAGCAGCAUCAGGCGGCGCAGCAGCAGUUGUACAACAACUAUCAGCAAUAUGCCGCCGCGGCGGGCUAUAGAAAUUGGAAUCACAGCCUAACUUUCAAUGGAGCCGCCGCCCUGCAGAAUCUGCUGUAGCACUAGCUAUAGAUCCCAAUCCCAAUACCACUACCCAUACCAAUCUCGAUCUCGACAGGCAGCGGCUUUGUUGCUAGCUGCCAAUUAGCGAGUGCAGUGCCAGUGGCUUUUAGCACCUGACACAUCCAAAUCCAAAUCCCCAUCCAAAUCCACAUCCUCAUCCUUUGAGCACGUGAGUCUUCGGCCGCCAACUCGCACUUGUACAUAUACAUAUAUAUAUAGGGAGCGCUGCCUUUUGAGUUGUUCAGUUUCAGUUCCAAUACUAUAUAUAUAUAUGCAAAUACCAUUCUGUUCCGGGGGGUUAUCAAAUCAAAGAGGAGGACAACGAUGAGGAGCGAAAGAAAAAGUGAUGUAGUUGUAAGUGCAGCAGAACUUUUGUUAACAUUUUUACGUUUUGCUAAUACACAAAUACAAAAUAAUAAUUCCGUGCCAUUUGUUUUCGUUGUUUCGAAACAAGCAAUAACAAUCAAAGCGGUUAAAACUAAAAAAUUUAAAAAACAUUUUAAAUGUAUCCGAGUGAGGAGGAGUAGUAGAGAUAGAGAGAAAGUGGGGAUCGUGUGUAAUGUUCGUUCAGAAAACAGAAAACCCUAACUAAAACAGUCCCAAAAAGAGAGAUACAAAUACUAGAAACCUUUAUCCAAAGGCAAUCGCAAUCGCAAUCGAAUUCGAAUCGCAAAUGAUCAAAAACCAAAAAGAAAUCUGAAAUCUAAACCAUCAUAUUCAGCAGUCCAGCAAACACCCUAAGAAUCUUCAAACUAUCUAAGCAACAAAAUCUGGCCAUGCAUAUAAGGAAACGUCACGUUUUUUAUUGAAUAAUUUAUCAAAUUCCCAUUUAUAUAUACGCGCAUCGAUAUACGCCGAUAUAUCGCAAAAUCCCGCAUUUCAUUUACAUUGUGUGUCUUCUGUUGUUGUACGAAUUCGUUAGGCUAAGGCAUUUUGUAAAUAAUCUAUAAAUAGAUAAAUUUAAGCAACACCCCAUAAAAAACCCCAAUUUAACUAAGCAACCAACUUUUAACUAACUCAAGAAUUAAUCAAAUUGUAUGAAAUUAUGCCACACCACUUGAAAAUAAAUAUAAUAUAAAUAUAAAUAUUGUAUAGCAUUUAACAUUUAAUUAGCAUAAAUAAUGAAGCAAAACACAAAAAGAAAAAAAAAUCAC